UCAUCUGUAUAUACUCCAAUUUAAUUUCAUUUUCAUGUAAUCUUUUCAUUGCAGAUAUUUCCAAUUCAGGGAAGACUAAGAUGCUUUGGUUAAUCAGGGGUUUUCUUCAAUUUUAGGGUUUCCCUUUAACAUAUGGUUCAGAGAAUACUCUUAUCAGCUAUUGGGUUUUCCUUUUCUACGCGCAAGACCUCAUCAGGGUAUUGAUUUCUUUAAAAGGUGUCCGAAAUUGAGGUUUUUUUUGUUGAUAAUCAAAUGGGUUCAUCUGCAAUCAUGUUGGUUCUCAUGAUUGAAUGAAUUUGAUAGAUAGUAUGGGUGAAAGAGUAGGUCAAGAUUUGGGAGGGUUUGAUACUGUCAAUGGUAGACACUUUGAAGGCAAAAGGGGGGGAGUAGCCAUUGGCUCUGAAGGAGAACGUUAUGGGAGGAGGAUAUCAGAUGCAGUUAUUAGCUCAUCUGAGAAGAAUCCAUAUUCUGGUAUGGGUUCCAUGGAUGAAUCUGGUCUUAUGGUGGAGGAGCUAACUGUCAAAAAAUACGAUGGUCAGAACAUUUCGAUAGUUGGUACCUCCAAGAGUAUUGAUGUGAAUCAAUCUAGGCAAAUUCACAAGAGUAAUGUGAAUAAUAAAGGGGUUUUAAAUGUCUGGGAGGAUCCAAGUUACUCAGCAUUCUCAGACUACUUGAAUAAAAAACCUUUGGCUGAUCAAAACAAUGAGUUUGCAGAGCAGUUACCGAAUGAUAAAAAUGUUUCAACUGAUUUAACGAUGACCCCCGGCGGUAUCAAGACCAAAAUAUUAUCGAAAUCAGGGUUUUCUGAAUUCUUUAUGAGAGGUACUCUCAAGGGGAAGGGGGUCAUAUGCAAAGGUCUUGCACGUGAAGAUAUGCCUGAAGUCAGGGACCCAGUUACUGCAAACACGACGAAUCUUGAUCUUAAUGAUGAUACUAGUUUAAGGGUUUGGUUGAAAGGUGGUCAUUACAAGGACAAGAAAAUGGAGAGCCUAUACAUAUUCAGGCAGAUAGUAGAAUUCGUUGAUCGAUCACAUUCACGUGGAGUUUUUGUUCCAGAUUUACGGCCAUCUUGCUUCAAGUUAUUGCCAGGAAAGCAAGUCGUAUAUCUUGGAUAUCAAAAUGGUAAAAGGCCAAUUGAACAGGUCACAAAUUCUUCAGUUAGUCAACGGGAAAAGAGACAAAAGCAAGGUGUGAAUUUGAACCCUGUUGUUAGAAACUGGGCACAGUUUUCCUCGAGGUCCGAGGCAAAGUCUACGUUUUUGAGUAAUAAUUCUGUGAGAAUUGCCCCACAAGAUUCUGUAAAUCCAUUCAUGGGAAAUAAAGAUUUCAGAAGGGACAAUUCCAGUUCUCCCAUCCCUCUUGAGUUAUGCUCUUCAGAAUCCAUGUCCUCUAGUCCUGAUGAACAAAAGUGGUAUGCUAGCCCUGAGGAACUUAAAGGAAGGGACUGCACAUUUUCCUCAAAUAUAUAUGCCUUGGGAGUUCUUCUGUUUGAGUUGAUUGGAUCUUUUGCUUCUGAAAGGGCUUGUGCUGCUGCAAUGUUAGAUCUGCGUCAUAGGAUUCUUCCUCCAAAUUUCUUGGCAGAAAGCCCCAAAGAAGCUGGAUUCUGUCUUUGGCUUCUUCAUCCAGAGGCUUCAUCACGCCCAGCAGCCAGGGAUGUGGUACAAUCUGAUUUCUUGAGAGGAAUUCAAGAAUUACAAAAAGAGGAGCAGUCCUUAUCUUUUGAACAAGACGAUGCUAAUUCUGAGCUAUUACUGCAUUUUCUCCUCGCCAUGAAAGAACAGAAGAAGAAAGAUGCCUCGAAGUUAGUGCAAGAUAUUCAGUUCUUGGAGGCUGAUAUUGGUGAGAUUGCAAAUCGUCAACCAAAGAAGACGUUUUCAGAAAGAGAUCUUAACUCUUUUCCUAAUGAUCUUUCAAAUUUAGAAGCACAUCCUAUAUUACAAAAUCUAAUUGGAAAUGACUCCAGGUUGAUGAAGAAUAUGAGUAAUUUAGAAGGUGCCUAUUUUGCCAUGAGACCCGAUAUUAAAAAUCAUUCUAACACUGAUGUGACAGACCAAGCACAUAGGGAUUUGCUUACAAGUCGAGACAACUGGUUUAGGGAGCAAAAACAUGAUGGAAGAAGUAAUAUAGAUGGUGUUGGGUCUUUCUUUGAUGGAUUUUACAAAUACGCACGAUAUAGUAAAUUUGAAGUCCGCGGUGUCUUAAGGAAUGGCGAGUUCAAUAAUUCUUCUAAUGUUAUAUGCUCUUUGGGGUUUGAUCGGGAUCAAGAGUAUUUUGCCUCUGCUGGAGUAUCCAAGAAGAUUAAAGUAUACGAGUUUGAUAGACUCAUUAAUGAUACUGUUGAUAUUCAUUUUCCACUAGCUGAAAUGCCGAAUAAAUCAAAGGUUAGCUGCAUCUGUUGGAAUGGCUAUAUCAGGAACUAUCUAGCUUCAUCUGACUAUGAUGGCACAGUUAAGCUUUGGGAUGCUGGAACUGGGCAGGAGUUUUCGCAACUCAUUGAGCAUGAUAAAAGGGCCUGGUCAGUGGAUUUUUGUCAUGUGGAUCCUACAAAAUUUGCAAGUGGAAGUGACGAUUGUUCUGUGAAAAUAUGGAAUAUCAAUGAAAAGAAGAGUACAGACACAAUCAAGAACAUUGCGAAUGUCUGCUGUGUUCAGUUCUCUCCUCACUCUAGUCAUUUGCUUGCUUUUGGCUCUGCUGACUACAAAAUCUACUGUUACGACCUUCGUAAUGUUUCAUCACCAUGGUGCAUAUUAACUGGUCACGAUAAAGCUGUUAGCUAUGUUAAGUUUUUGGACGCAGAAACCCUUGUUUCUGCCUCCACUGACAACACACUCAAGCUGUGGGAUUUGAAUAAGUCCAGUUCUUGCACCCUAAGCCUUAGAGGUCACACUAAUGAAAAGAAUUUUGUGGGUUUAUCUGUUAAUGAUGGGUUCAUAGCUUGCGGAUCAGAAACUAAUGAGGUGUGUGCUUACUAUAAAUCUCUACCAAUGCCAAUCACGGCUCACAAAUUCGGGUCCAUUGAUCCCAUUUCUGGUCGAGAAAUAGACGAUGAUAAUGGCCAGUUUGUUUCGAGUGUUUGUUGGAAAAAGAAUUCAGAUAUGAUGAUCGCUGCAAAUUCCUCCGGAUGCAUCAAGCUGUUGCAAAUGGUCUAACAAAUGCUGCUCCUUUCUUCUCUUUGGUUAAUGAAACCUAUGAUGAGGCUCUUGUUGGCCAUAUGUAUGUAUAUAACUGCCAAGAACUUACUUCUCUUUCGCAAGACAGUUACAAUUUGAUCAAUGCAUCUGAUGGAAAUUCAGUAAUUUUGGUAGUUGAAUGUUGAGUAAAAAAUAUAUCCAAAUGAAGGCAUAGUUGGGAAACUGUGAAAUGGAUCCUGUUCUAUUGAGGCUUCUGCCAAAUGGAGGCAAAUGCUCGAGAAUUGAAUUUGAAUAUCUACAGUCUUAUGAGCACGAAACAGCUGCAAUUUCAACUUUUUUUUUCUUUGAGGGGAAUACACGAUUACGACUUACUUAAGUGUUGUUUUUAUACGAUCUUUCGGAUGAUUGUAAUAUAAGAGUGUUUCAAAGAAUUUCAGUAUUACAAAUAUGUUUCUGCAUUUUAGUAGUAGUGGGGAUGUUAAAGGAGGUAUACAAUGUUUGUAUAGUUAGUUCAUCUGUAAAGAAAAAUCACAUUUAUUUUUAUCUGUCUUUGUAAAUUAAUAUUGUCUCAA